AUGGUAUCAACAAACACCACCGAUGGAUUCACAGUCCCUAGCCCGAGGAGGUCUGCGCGUUUGGCAACUGUGGAGCCUUUGAGCCCACAAAAGAAGAAGCCGAUGAGUCCUACAGAGAAGAGAGCUCACGAGUUGAGGAACACACCUCGCGAGGACAUGGAAUUGGACGUGGACGUUGCGGACAAGGACAAUACGGCUGCGGAUGGGACGAACGGGAGUGAAGCUCGUGAGAUGGACUUGGAUGAACCUACUCAAAAACUGUCUGGGCAGGUUGGUCUCACCAACUUCCUGGGUGUAGGUACCCAGGAGGCCUGUGAAUUUGAGUUUGGGAAUAUCUCACCCUCAGACUUGAGUGCAGAGCACCUGGGCAUCCUGGCUCAGAUGGUCCAUGUGAACAACCAAAUUCAAAUCUCACUUUCUGCUGGUUCUUCUUUGCAGUCAUCCACCCCGCAGCAACCAGGCUCUCCUCCCAAGACUCCCACCUCACCGAAACAACCUAAGAGCCCCAAGAAGAGCAAGGGGAAGCAGAAGGAAACGUUGCCGGUCCCGAGCGUAGAACAUAGCAUUGGAUUCAGCCCUCUGUCUGAGUCCCACACUGACCAGCUGCCGAUGACCUCAACCCCGGCCGCUCACACUGGCGAGGUGAUAGGAUUCGACUUCAGCACCCUUGGCCAGUCAAAGAGGGCACUGCCGAGCGACUUGGACGCUCUCGUUAACAAACUGGUCCCGAUGGAAACGUCUACAAAGGUCACUGGCUCCAUCAACAAGGAGGCUUCUCCAGUUGAGUCAAACUCCGCUCGUCAUCCGCCAGCCCCAGUAACUCGAAAAAAACAAGUCGACUUGUUUAUGCCUAAAUCCAUCUCAAAUCAGGUCCGCCACAAUCUUCCGUCAAAAACUCAGACGUUGGCUCAAUUGGAUCGUGAAAUGAAAACAAUGCAACUACCAGACGAGGCAGCAAUGGCUUUGAUGAAUGUGAAGGAACUCCAAAAGAUGAAGGAAUCUUUAAAGAAGGUCGCCGACGCACAAUUACUUGCUUUCAAGGAAAUGAGGAGUGCUAGUGGAAUGGUAGCUUUCCCUGGGGUGCUAGACGGUUUGAUGAAGAACGCUCGGUACAUCACACGCUUCAUGAACCAUCUGGAGGAUAAGGUACUAGAGGCAUCACGCGACGGAAGACAGGAAAUUGAAGUCAUUGAAAUCUCGGACGGUGAGGGUGAAGAAGUGAGCAUCAUGCCACGUAGAAGGUCGGUUGCAGAACUCAAGGACUUCAUGAGGCCAGGAUUGGUUCGAAUGCCAUCACAUCUCAAUCCUCCAACAAAAAGAUCCGCCUCAUCAAGCUCACUCAAUCAGGACAUGAAUAAGCGGGCUAAGUCUCAAGAUAUCCUCUUGGCUUCAGACUUGUACCUGGCGGACUUGGUGCCCCAGUUUGAACCUGGGGCUCAGAAAACGGUGACCCAAUUGGAAAUGGAACGUCGCGAAUUGGCUGCAAUUCAAGAGAAGGAAAUCAUCGAGGAAUCCAACGCUUCGACUCCGCCACCCUACAACGAUUCAGCUAAGGGAUUCGGUGAUCCUAUAGCUGCAGCAAGGGCAGCUUUGCACAGGGACAGAAGGAGGGCUGCUGCUGAGGCUGCUCUGGCAGCUGAUCUCGCGGAAGCUGCUACGAUUCAACCGCCACCAGUUCCGGCGACCACUUUGGCGACCAAUUCUGCCACAGUCCCUGCUUCCGUACCAGCUCAAUCUGCUGCACCGAUUCUGGCUAGUUCUCAGUCUGCUCCACCUGCCGCUGCCUCUGCCUCUCAAUCCACAGAUGCUCCAAGGGGCCCAGCCCAGUCCACUGCACCAACCCCUGCCGCCUCUCAGCCUGCUCAAGAACCAGCCCCUAGCCAGCCAGACAACUCUCAAAAGACGGGACCAGAGGAAGGCGCCAAGAAGGGAAAGGGCAAAGGGAAAGGGAAGGAGACUGUUCCAGAACAACCGCCAAAGAAACUUUGA